AAGUUACACCAGCCCUGAAACUGAAGGACAGCUUUUGGAUUCCGUUGUCCAGUAUUUUGGUGACAGCCUUGGGAGGAAGGUUAAAAGAAUGCCUUUAAUUGAAGAAACUGUUCUGCCUGGGGACUCCCUCCUUACUCUGCCUGUAGUAAUAAUAGGAAAUGGACCUUCGGGAAUUUGUCUUUCUUACCUGCUCUCUGGAUACAGGCCGUAUUUAUCUCCUGAAGCUAUACACCCAAACCCAGUUCUACACACAAAAUUAGAAGAAGCUCGACAUCUUUCCAUUGUUGAUCAAGAUCUAGAGUACCUCUCUGAAGGCCUUGAAGGACGUUCUUCAAACCCAGUUGCAGUGCUUUUUGAUACACUGCUUCAUCCCGAUGCUGACUUUGGGUAUGACUACCCACCAGUUUUGCACUGGAAGCUAGAACAACAUAAUUAUAUACCCCAUAUAGUGCUUGGUAAAGGACCACCCGGUGGGGCUUGGCAUUCCAUGGAAGGAUCUAUGCGAACAAUCAGUUUUGGAGACUGGAUGGAGUUGCCUGGCCUGACCUUUAAGGAGUGGGCAGCUAGCAAACGCAGAAAUAUAAAGAGUGAUCGAGUCAUGCCAGAGGAAAUAGCUUGUUAUUAUAAACACUAUGUUAAAGUAAUGGGCCUUCAAAAGAAUUUCAGAGAUAAUGUUUACAUAACAUCAGUAUCCAGGCUUUACCGAGGAAAGGGUGAGGACGACAGAAGUCAACUAACUGAAGGUAUUUCAACGCAGCAUUUGGAAAUGGAAGAUGGACAAAAAUCACUGAUUAAGAGAAAUUGGGAAGUCAGAGGAUACCAGAGAGCAGCAGAUGGCUCUCAUGUGCCCUUCUGCCUCUUUGCUGAGAAUGUGGCUCUUGCUACAGGAACCUUUGAUUCUCCUGGCCGGCUGCAGGUUGAAGGAGAAGAUUUUCCUUUUGUGCUUCAUUCCAUGUCUGACUUUGGAGCUGCUAUCAGCAAAGGGAAGUUACGUGGGAAGGCAGAUCCUGUGUUAAUUGUGGGUGCUGGACUUACAGCAGCUGAUGCAGUGUUGUGUGCCUGCAACAACAACAUCCCUGUAAUCCACGUGUUUCGUAGAAGAGUUACUGAUACAAGUUUGAUUUUCAAACAGUUACCGAAAAAGCUUUACCCUGAAUACCAUAAGGUCUAUCAUAUGAUGUGUACUCAGUCACAUCCUGUGGACUCGCCUCUGCAUUCUGCUUACACUAGUUUCCCUGAACACAAUGUACUUUCUUUCAAGCCUGAAAUGAAGUGUGUUCUUCAGAGUGCCUCUGGACUGAAGAAAAUUUUGAAGUUUUCUGUAGCCUUAGUUCUGAUAGGUUCUCACCCAAAUCUUUUCUUUCUAAAGGACCAAGGAUACAGUAUAGGUCAUCACUCUAAUCAGCCCAUCACAUGCAAGGGGAAUCCUAUAGAGAUUGAUCCAUACACUUACGAAUGCACUAAAGAAGCUAACCUCUUUGCUUUAGGCCCUCUGGUGGGAGACAACUUUGUACGGUUUUUAAAAGGAGGUGCAUUGGGCAUUGCAAGAUGCUUGGCAGUAAGACAGAAAAAGAAACAUGAAUUGAUUGAAAGUGGGGAUGGAAGAGGUGAUGGGGUACCAUAAAUAAGGCAUGAGAAACUUUCCCAUGUAGGAUUACAGAUGUAGUCUAACAGAACACUCACUGACAGCAAAAGUUGAUAGCAGUCACAUUUCUGUUGUAUACAAGUAACCUGCGCUUGUAUUGCUUGGUAAAGGAUGCUGAUACUGCAAUAUUUCAUCUUUUCAAAAUACGAAAAAUUGAUCUGCUAUUACAACUGAUCUCAACUGGAGUUGCUUCCAGAUAAACAGAAAAUGAGAC